UGUAGACAUGGCACGUUCCGCCAUCUUCUCGUGACCGGUGGUAAUCAAGCCUACACAGCGGUACAUUAUUUUCAGACGACAGAUGAAAACACCGGAAAAAAUUAUCGUUGUAUUUCAGUCGUUGUAAUUUUCUUGUUUGGCUUUGACGCCACAUUUUUUGACAAGAUCGACGAAAUAUAGUAUGACAGAUUACGAUAGCAACCCUUUUGCUGAUCCCGAGGCUGCUAAUCCUUUUCAGGAUCCCUCGGUGCAGCAGGCUACCAGCAAUUCCUCCAGAGGAUUGGAGGAAUUCAACCCCUUUGAAGAACGCAAUACACAGACAACCAAUUCCAAGACGACCCCUAUUGUAGACCCUCCCACUCAGCCAGCUGUCAUGAAGCCUACGAUGGACCAAUCACCGCCUGCGUACACUGUGUCUGCUGCGCAACCGACCGCUCCCCCAGGCCAGGAAGACAUCCUGAAGCGACAGGAGGAACUGGAGAGGAAAGCAGCUGAGCUGCAGAGGCGGGAACAGCAAAUGCAUGCCACACAGUACAAUACCCGGGUCAAUAACUGGCCACCGGUGCCCAGUUUCUGCCCUGUAAAGCCGUGCUUUUACCAAGACUUUUCUGUGGAUAUCCCACUGGAGUUCCAGCGCACAGUCAAAAUUGGCUAUUUUAUUUGGAUCAUGUACAUGACGUGUUUAUUCCUCAAUGCUAUUUGUUGCAUGGCCCAAUUGUGUAUGGGGUGGGGCAUAAACCGUGCCAUUUGCUUCGGUUUGUCGAUGGUCUUCUUUCCCGGGUUCUCCGCCUUGGCCUUCCUGUGUUGGUACAGACCUCUGUAUAAAGCAUUCAGGAGUGACAGUUCAUUCAAUUUCUUCCUGUUCUUUUUCAUCUUCGCCGCUCAAUUCCUCUGCACAAUAGUGCAAGCAAUAGGAGUAGACGAGUGGGGAUCCAGCGGAUUUUUAAAUGGCAUAUCGAUGAUAUCGGGGACGAGUGAUCAAACAGCCAACGCCUCAAUGAAGACAGUCGGUGCCAUGAUGAUCAUCAUGGGAUGCCUUUGGGUUUUCUUGGCCGUGGCCAUAGCUUGGUACCUCAAAAAGGUACACAGCUUGUACCGCCAGACGGGCGCCAGCUUUCAGAAGGCCCAGCAGGAAUUCGCUCAGGGGGUGGCAACCAACCCCACUGUUCAGACAGCAGCUAAGGACGCCGGCCGGGCAGCGGCAGCUGGUGCUGCAGACGCGGCAGUCAGCGGCGCCAUGAGCUCGGUGUCGUCGCAGAACAACAGGAUGUAAAACGGCCACACCGGCAGGCUUCCUGGCUACGAUGGAAACCCGGACAAGUCCCUCCGAUUACUGUCAAGGGGGGAAAAGUAAAGUCUGAAUCGAGUUUGCUGCUAGGGCAAGCUUCCAACUUACCACCCGACUCGGUUUUGGAGGAUUGAAAAAUUGUUUUUAAAAUGGAAGAUUAAUCAGCCACAGCACUGAGGAAUUGUCUUUAUUUGGAAGUACCAAUCAGUUGUGAUUAAACAAGACUGAAAACAAGGAUCAAUCAUUUUGGCCCCACAUCACGCACCAACUCAUCCUCCAAAAGCAGGCAUUAUGUAAGAUGUGUUUUGCCUGUCAAGUCAUGAGUAGAGUUUGCAGUAUCAGCAUGUCCAAUCAAUGUAUUCCUUGAAAGUAGCCUGGAGGUUCUGCCAAUGGUCAUUUGUUAGUCUUUGUACAAACAGCCAUAUGGUUGCACUUGUGACAGUCACAUGAUUGUCCGUGUAAUGAUCAUGUGACAAGCUGCAAACUGUAUUAUUAUGUGUCCAGUUUGUGUAAACACCAGCAGAAAGACUGCAGAAUCAAGCACUCUUUCUUUGUAAAUGCAAUGAUUUGUUUCAAAUGAGAUUGCCACAAGAAGUCCUGUUAUCCCCUGCGAAUAAGAAACAGCAGUUUCAACCCUUUCUUUUCUCUCAAAAGAAUGGUAGCAAAGUUUUGUUUAGUAGACGGCCAAAAUGAUGUUUAACAAAUAUAGCUUUUGUUUGGCAACUUGAGUAAAUAGGUUUGAUGGGGUCAUGCGUAAGAGAAUGUAAAAUUGGCAGUACUAAGAUGUCCCACCCUGAUGUGAUUGUAGGUUUCUAGUUGUGGGGGCUGGGGGUGUUUGACAGGAGUCCCGGUGGAACUUGUAUCCAAGGGCGUAGCCACUCUAAAGAUGGAAGCACCUGCACCGUGGAAGGGGCACAUUAAGAUUUCAACUGAUCAUAAGCAUUGACAGUACAAUACAUCACGAGUGUGAUGUGCCUUCAGGCAAUCAUAUAUGGUCCGUGCUUUAAACAAGCAAAACAGCUCACAUAUGAAUCGGUGAAAGCGGACCUCAAAGCUGUGGGCCCCUCUCUCCUUACUCCACCCAUGUAGUCGGGACAGACUGCCAGUUGCAGCAUUUUGAGGAAUCGUUGAGUGUUUGGAAGGAAAGCGGAGAGUAAAGUAUUCACAUGCCUAAUGGUGCAGCAAAGGUUGGAUGGCCAUAACAAGCAACGCGAUACUGUAAUUUCAGUUGUCCACAAUGGUCUUUAGUCCACUCUAUCAAAAUGGACAUAGCAUCACUCAGACCACUCAAACGAUGCCUAUCAAAGACUCACCGUGAGUGUAGCCUAAGACCCCUACAGUCUCAAUUUUAUCUCUCCUCUGCACUUAUGCACAUAAAGAUUCUAUUACCUUUAUUUGUAUUUCUUUCAAUAACCUAACCUACGUCAGUACCAGUUCAAUGCAGCUAACCAGCAUAAAAGCUUCACAGUUGCCCAGAUAAAUAAGUUACCGUGUGAUGCUUGCAAAAUAGGAGUAGACAAGCGUAUUCAUGAAAGGAUAUCAGCGUGUAUAUAGGAAGGGAAAUUGAUACAUUCACGGGGGAUGUGGUAUGGUCAACUAAUGAGUCUUGAAAGUGAAUCGGGCUUCGUCCGAAUGUCAAGGCUGGGGCUGCCAAGUAACACCGGUGCCUUUGGAAGUUUCCUGUUACCCACAGCCGCUGCCGGUUACUUCAUACACGGCCUCUCGCCUUUAAUGGUAUAUAUACAUGAUACUGUGAAAAACUGGUCUUUCUUUGUCUGAUGUAAAUCCCAGGGCCGUGCCGCCCGAGAAAAAAACUCCAAGCAUGAUAGCCCAACCUUGAGAUAGUAACUGUAGGGAGUAUCUAGAAGGGUAUAAAACUAAACACCUUUACAUUUUGUUACAUUCCAUUAUCAGUCUCUGUAUAGUUGUUUAAAGAUUGUUUUAAAACUACGAUUCUUACAAAAUGUAAUCAGCCGUUCAUUUUCUGGCAUUGUUUACUUACAGCACGUACUAGCACACUGGACUGUGACAACACAUUCUGGGACUUGGCCUAUGUGUUUCGGUACCUUUUCCAUGACGACACCUCAUGGAUGAUGGAGUACCUUGUAUUAAGAGUAAAGGAAACAUUUGGGCCAGCAAGUAAAAGCUGAGCAUUCGAUUUAACGCGUCUGCCUUCAAAAUCAAAGACAGCCUGCCUAAAAGUGUUGCCGCUGCAUUUAGAAAGGAAACCGUAUUGCUGUAGAAUUCAAGCUUGAAUUGCCAAGGCAGUCAGCCCAUUAAUUCACGUGUGCCACAGUGUUUCAGAGUGUAACAUGCUAGCAUUUGUGUCGGAGACCAAAAUGGAGAAAGGGAAUCCGAAAACCAGAAACUUCUCGCCUUUCGUCCCCACUGCUUAAUAGCUGGAGACAUUGUCAUUCGGCGUCAUCGUGCUUUUUUAGGCAGAGUUUCGCAUGUACAUAACUUGCAAGUUGCCAUCCGAACACCUGUCUCUGGACUGUGCUCCUGCGUGGCUAAAGGAGAAGUGCAAAAGCCCAUUGUAAGAAACCACGCAUUUCAAAGGUCUGCAAGUAGCUUGCAACAAGAGCAAUAACGAAUCUUCUUUAAUGCCACCUUCUUUUUUUACUAAAAUGUGCACGACAUUAAGAUAAUUUGGGGGAAGUCUUGGGAAAUUGCAAUCAGUUUGUAUAUGUGUAAUUUGAUUGUUCACAGUAAACAUUGGUGUAGAUUUUUACUCAAUCGUAAGAAAUUCAGACGCAUAAGGUCAAACAUUUCACUUCACGUUGUACACGUAAGAUAGCAAACUUCAUUUAAUUCAGUCUCGGUUAUUUUAAAGAAUACUUGUCCAUUAGAGAUUAUGGAAAAAAUGUACUGUAUCACUGAGGAAGUGACAAAAAUGUACGCAGUAGGUAUUCAGAUCGUUGGUACUAGGAAGCAGUGGUCGUCAAGUGUAGGCGUACAUGUAAAUCCUUUCGUCAUCUUGGUGGUAUCAUUUUUCGAUUCUUUUCUAUUCUUGAGGCUCUUUUUUUCGUUCUUAAGGAAGGUGUGAACUGAUUCUGAAAAUGUCACUCGAAUUUCGGGCGCGCAAGUUGCUUUUACGUUGAUUUGUUCCGGGAAUUAUAUUGUAAGUUGUGAUUUAUUUAUCCUUUGUCGGAAUUCCACACGAACGAUUUUUGCGUUUGUGCACCUGAUCUAACUAUCUGAAUGUAAUAGAAACACUUGUAUCAAUCUGCUGUAAUAUACACGUGGCUGAAAACUGUGAGAUGAAUUUAAAUGUUGUACAUGUAUACAUAACAAUGAUGUACCCUGUCUAUAGCUGACGUCGAUGAUACAUACACAUAUUUACACCCUUAAUGUGGCGUUUGAUUCCACAGUGUAGAGUAUAUUAAAGCAACCCUGGGUUCGGUAAAUAAAGUUCAUUGUUUUGAAUUUAGCGAA